CUUUUCUUUUUUUCUCUUUCUUUAUUCAUGGUCUCUGAAACCACCUCUUUCAGCUCUGUUUUACACCAAUUACUGGCACCACCUUCCAAAGGAAAAGGAAAAGCAAAGCAGCAGCCAACUGAUAUUUUGUCUUUUCAUGAAAACAAAAAAAACUGGUCUCAAUCAGUAGAAGACUUUUGCAACUUUGUUAAAAAGUGCCAAAACAAAGAAAAAGAACUUCCUGAAGUUUCUUUCGGUAAACAUAUCGAAUUUCAUGUUCCAAAACGCUCUUUUGUAAAACCUCGCGUCAACCAAGUGCAAAAUGCGACAAUAGAACCGACAGCCAUCAAUCAUGUUCCCGAAAAACAAGUCACUGCUGUUUAUGAUCGAAAUUGGUUAUUGCAACAAUCGCGUAAUUAUAUAUCCAACAAUCCGCAUGUCAAUCUGAAUGAACGACAACUGUGCACAGAUAUUUUUACAAUUAUUCGAUCUGGAGAUAGCGACGACGAUAUUCAACAGACACUCGUUGAUUUGUUAGGAUUUGAAUCACUUGAGUUCAUCAUAGAAUUGAUUACAAACCGUACUACCAUUGUACAUAAUAUUAUUCGUAUGUCAGAUUAUGAUGAUCAAGUAAAAAACAAACAAACAAUACCAACUGAAGCUCGAAGACCAGUUUAUGGAGCCCAAUUUAUUGUUCAAUCUGAAAAAGAAUUAAAAGAAGAAAAAAGACUUCGAAAGGAACAAAGGAAGGCCAUGAAAGCACAGAGUAGAGUAGAAGAUGACGCCAAUGCGGUUUCCAUGAGCAUUUUAGGCUUUGAUGGUGAGGAUUUACGACAAGCAAGAGAAGAAGCUCUUUUAAACGCGAGCCAGACACCUUUGUUUAGUUCAAACUACAAAUCAAAAGCAGGCCCGGUUUAUCCUCAUGUUUAUCAAGCUGCACAGUCAGGUGGUACUUUGUCACUCUUCGGUUCUCGGUUUGCAUUACCUGCCGGUACUGUGCGUGAAGAUUACAAUGAUUAUGAAGAGACAACUAUUCCUGUUCCUAAAGUAGCACCUGUUCGCACUGGAGAAAGAAGAGUCCCUAUUUCUGAGAUGGAUAGUUUAGCAAGGGGAGCUUUUAAGGCUUAUGAAACACUCAAUCGAGUUCAAUCCAUUGUUUAUCCCAUUGCUUAUGAAACAAAUGAAAACAUGCUUGUUUGUGCCCCUACUGGUGCUGGUAAAACAGAUGUUGCCAUGUUGACUGUACUCCGCUGUCUAUCACAACAUUGCAGCUCUCCUCCCCGUAAAGGAACCACUGAGAUUGAUUUUACGAUCGCCAAAAAUGAUUUCAAGAUCGUCUAUGUAGCCCCUAUGAAAGCAUUAGCCGCAGAAGUGGUUGAAAAGAUGAGUAAAAGACUCAAGUUUUUAGAUAUUAGUGUGCGUGAAUUGACAGGUGAUAUGCAAUUGACAAAGGCAGAGAUUACAGCUACUCAAUUCAUUGUCACUACACCUGAAAAAUGGGAUGUCAUUACCAGAAAGGGUACUGGUGAUGUAGAACUAACACAGAAAGUGAAAUUAUUGAUUAUUGAUGAAGUUCAUUUGUUACAUGAAGAUCGUGGUGCUGUUAUUGAGAGUAUUAUUGCAAGAACACUUCGUCAAGUGGAAUCCAGUCAAUCUUUAAUUCGUAUUGUUGGUUUAUCUGCUACUUUACCCAAUUAUGUUGAUGUUGCCGCAUUUUUGAGAGUCAACCCUUAUCAAGGUCUCUUUUAUUUUGACAAUGGUUUUAGACCUGUUCCCCUUGAACAACACUUUUUAGGUAUCAAGGGCAAACCAAAUUCUACUCCCUCCAAUGAAAGAAUGAAUCGUGCUUGCUUUGAUAAAGUAUCUGAACUUGUCAAAGACGGUCAUCAAGUCAUGGUCUUUGUUCAUGCAAGAAAAGAAACCGUCAAGACAGCACAAGCCCUGAGAGAAGAAGUGGCCAACGAAUCCAUGGAUGCUUAUUUUGAUUGUGUUGACUCGCCUAAAUACACUCAAUUCAAGCGAGAAGUAGCCAAAUCACGUAACAAGGAAUUAAAAGAAUUAUUCCAAUAUGGCUUUGGUAUCCACCAUGCUGGUAUGCUCCGAUCUGACCGUACCUUGACUGAGAAGAUGUUCCAGGAAGGUGCCAUUAAAGUUCUCUGUUGUACUGCGACUUUAGCUUGGGGUGUCAACUUGCCUGCUUAUGCUGUUGUGAUUAAAGGUACUCAAGUCUAUGACUCGACCAAAGGUAGUUUUGUUGAUCUGUCUAUUCUGGAUGUACUCCAAAUCUUUGGUCGUGCUGGUCGUCCUCAAUAUGAAUCUCAUGGUGUUGGUUAUAUUUUGACUACACACGAUCGUUUGUCCCAUUACAUCUCUGCUAUCACACAACAGCAUCCCAUUGAAUCCAAGUUUAUUGAAAACAUUGUCGACAACCUGAACGCUGAAAUUGCUUUGGGAACAGUAACCAAUGUGGAUGAAGCUGUUACUUGGCUUAGUUACACUUAUCUUUAUGUUCGUAUGAAAAAGAAUCCUAUGAUUUAUGGCAUGGAUCAUUCAGAACCUCUCAAUGAUCCCUUACUUGGUCGCAAACGACAUGAAAUUAUUACUACGGCUGCACGUAAACUAGCCCAAUGCCAAAUGAUUAUUUUCGAUGAAAACACCGGAUACUUGCUACCCAAAGACCUUGGCCGUAUUGCUUCCAACUUUUAUAUCAAGCAUACUAGUAUUGAAAUUGUGAAUACCAUGAUGAAGCCUCGCAUGACUGAAGCAGAUGUGUUGUCUAUGAUGAGUAUGAGCUCGGAAUUUGAUCAAAUUAAGUCUCGAGAAAACGAACACCAAGAACUGAAAAAGUUAUUGGAGAAUGCAUGCGCGUGUGAUAUUAGAGGUGGUACCGAAGACACACAUGGAAAAGUGAACAUCUUACUUCAAGCCUAUGUAUCUAAUGCUUUUAUUGAAGACUUUGCUCUUGUCUCUGAUUGUGCUUAUGUAGCUCAAAAUUCAGGUCGUAUUGCCAGAGCUUUGUUUGAGAUUGCUUUGAAUAGAAAUUGGGGACCUACAGCAUCCGUUUUACUUCAAAUCAAUAAGGCUAUUGAGAAGCGCAUGUGGACAUUCCAACAUCCCCUACGACAGAUGCCAUUGCCAUCUGACAUCAUUAACAAAUUAGAAAGCAGAACGCAUGAAGUCUCUAUCGAAGAAAUGCGUGAUAUGGAUCCUAAUGAACUGGGAGACCUUGUUCGUCACCAACGUAUGGGCAUGACUAUCUCCAAAUGUGUGGAUGAAUUUCCCAUGCUUUUGCUUGAUGCUCGCAUCGCACCUAUUACACGCAACGUCUUGAAUGUUGAACUAACAGUGACGCCUGACUUUAUUUGGAAUGAUCGACUUCAUGGCAGUGUAGAACCUUGGUAUAUUUGGGCUGAAGAUUCCGAAAAUGUUGAGAUCUAUUAUUCGGAAUACUUUUUAUUGUACAAGAAGCAGUUUGGUGAGCCUAUUAAGAUUGUAUUCACUGUGCCCUUAGUGGAACCUCUUCCUUCCCAAAUCUAUAUCCGUGCUGUUUCGGAUCGUUGGUUAGGUGCUGAAACAGUCUUGCCCGUUUCGUUUCAACAUUUGAUUCUACCUCAACUUUACCCUCCUCAUACCGAUUUAUUGGAUCUCCAACCUUUGCCUAUAACUGCUUUGAAGAAUGAGGUUCUUGAGGAGAUUUGUGCAAAGCGAUUUACACAUUUCAACCCUGUGCAAACGCAAAUCUUUCAUACAUUAUACAACACAACACACAAUGCGUUGGUAGGUGCUCCCACAGGUUCCGGUAAGACAGUGGCUGCCGAGCUUGUCAUGUGGGCCGCUUUUAGAGACAGACCUGGAUCUAAAGUGGUUUACAUUGCCCCCAUGAAAGCUUUGGUCAAGGAGAGAGUCGCCGAUUGGAACAAGCGCUUGACAGGACCUAUGAACAAGAAAUUGGUUGAGUUGACAGGUGAUGUUACUCCAGAUCUUAAGACUAUUGAGUCUGCCGAUAUUAUUAUUACUACACCUGAAAAAUGGGAUGGUAUCAGUCGUAGUUGGCAAAAGCGUAGUUAUGUACGUGAUGUGUCUUGUGUGAUUAUUGAUGAAAUCCAUUUACUUGGUGGUGACCGUGGUCCUAUUUUGGAAGUAAUUGUAUCUCGUAUGAACUAUAUUGGUUCACAAUUGGAUCAGAAAGUACGCAUCGUUGGUCUCUCCACUGCCUUAGCGAAUGCUAUUGAUCUAGCCAACUGGUUAGGCAUUGAUAAAGUGGGUCUUUUCAAUUUUAGACAUUCGGUUCGUCCUGUUCCUUUGGAAAUAUACAUUGAUGGCUUCCCUGGCAAGCAUUAUUGUCCUCGUAUGGCUACCAUGAACAAGCCUACUUAUGCUGCCAUUAAGACACACUCUCCUACUCAGCCUGUCAUUGUGUUUGUUUCUUCUCGUCGACAAACCCGCUUAACUGCUCAAGAUUUAAUUGCUUAUUGUGGUAUGGAAGAUAAUCCACGUCAGUGGUUACAUAUGGACGAUACUGAACUAGAGAUGCUUUUGAACUCUGUACAUGAUGAAUCCCUUCGUAUGUCUCUCGCCUUUGGUAUUGGUCUUCAUCAUGCUGGUCUAAAAGAAAGUGACCGAAAGAUAGUGGAAGAACUCUACUUGAAUCUCAAGAUUCAAAUUUUGAUUGCCACUAGUACACUUGCUUGGGGUGUCAAUCUACCUGCUCAUUUGGUUGUCAUUAAGGGCACUGAAUUCUACAACUACAAGGAACGUCGUUAUGUUGAUUUCCCUAUCACUGAUGUACUCCAAAUGAUGGGUCGUGCUGGUCGUCCUCAAUUUGACAACACAGGUAUCUCUCGUGUGUUUGUUCAGGACAGUAAAAAGAACUUUUUCAAAAAGUUUUUGCAUGAACCUUUCCCAGUUGAAUCUAGCCUUCACAAGUUUCUGGAUGACCACAUUAAUGCCGAAAUUGUGGGCGGUACUAUCAAGAGCAAACAAGAUGCUUUGGAUUACUUGACUUGGACUUAUUUCUACAGACGUUUGCAACAAAAUCCUACUUACUAUGGACUGGAUGACAUGACACAAAAGGGUAUUGAUACUUUUCUGUCGGGCACAAUCAAUGAUGUCUGUGCUCGUUUAGAAAAAGCAGGUUGUGUUGAGAUUGUGGAUGAUUUUGAACUGCAUCCUUUGAUCUCUGCUCGUAUUGCCUCAUACUACUAUCUUCAUCCUCAUACUGUUCGUCAUUUUCGUGGCCAUUUAGACAAGGAGUCCCAAAUUGAUGAUGUCUUAGACGCACUUGGUAAUGUACCUGAAUAUGAAGAAUUGCCAGCUCGUUGUCAAGAAGAUGUAUUAAACAAGGAAAUUGAAAGUCGUGUUCCUUAUGAGGUUAAAGGCACACCAAACUAUAUCAGUCCUCAUGUCAAGGCAAACGUGUUAGUACAAGCUCAUAUUACUCGUUUAGAACUGCCUAGUUCAGAUUACAUUACAGAUCAGAUCACUGUCUUAGAUUCUGCUAUUCGUUUCUCUCAAGCCAUGAUUGAUGUAGUUGCUGAUAACGGUUAUUUGAAUACGAGUUUGACCAUCAUGAACAUGCUUCAGUGUAUCAAGCAAGCACGCUGGCACACUGAAUCCAAUUUGUUGACAUUACCAUACAUUCAAACGAGAAUGCUACAAGAUAUUCGGCACAAGAACAAGCCUAUCAAGUCUGUUGCUGACCUUUUGAGACUUCAAGAUAACCAAGUCAAGCAAGUCUUUUUAAAUGUUCGAGGCCUUGAUGAAGAAAAGAUUGAAAAGAUUCAACAAGUGAUAAACCGCAUGCCAUCCAUGAAAGUAAAGGCUGAAAUUGAUACAAAGAAAUCCUAUCUGAUUCCAGAUACAGAAUACAAGAUUUCUAUUCAGCUGAAUCGCAUUCAAAGAGGUGACAAGAAGAAGGCCCAUGAUGGUCGAGUCUAUGCCCCACUGUUCCCCAAACCUCAAUAUGAAUCUUGGUGGAUUGUUCUUGGUAACACAGUUAACGAUGAGUUGCUUGCUUUGAAACGUGUCAGUAUGCGAAAUGGCCCAAAUGAAACUUUGUUGAACAAGACGAGUACUACCAUCUCUUUUGAAACACCAGAGCACCUUGGUAAACACAACUAUACACUCUAUGUUGUGAGUGAUGGUUACCUUGGUUUAGACCAAAAGAUUGACCUUCCUUUUGAGACUAGAAUGGAUUUAGAUUCUUAAUAAAUGACUAAAUGCAUUUCAUUAUACUUAAGGUUCGCCACCUGUACAACUUGCAUGUAGAUUUUUUUCAGGCGUCUACAUAAACAUUCAUUAUUGAAACAAGGUUUAUUCAAAUAUUGAAGCUUUUGUAAAACGUAGUACGUUAAGUUAUGUAUUUACCCGAAAUAAAAAUU